ACACGUGUGCCGCGGCAGUUUUGCUUCCGAGGUCAUACCGAGUGGCGCGCACGACCGACCCACGUUGAGGGCGAUAGGGGCUAGAAGAGAAUGGUGACGCGGGACCGGCGUCCGGAGUGGCGGAUCUCCUAGCAGUGGAGCUGGAGAAACCACGCGGCGGAAGCGAGGCGGGCGUCCCUCUGCGCGCGGAGCUCGGCGAGAGCGGCGGAGUGGGGCUCAGGUCGCCUGGAGUCCCCUUGAGGAAAGGAGCCUUUACCAUAGGCUCGUAGGGGGCCCAGAGCAGAGGGACUACAGAAGGGACGCAGGUGGCCGCAGAGAUGAGGACGACGAGGAGGGGCCGCAGAGGGGUGGUAGUGGCGAGGAGGUGAUCUAGAGAAACCGUCUUGGCGAGGGCCCGCGCGGAGAGUUUCGGAGGUGAGGCGACGGGGGCGGGGAGAAACUGUGGCGGCCCGCAGAGGUAGGGAGCCGACCAGAGCGACACGGACGUGAAAGGGUCGCGUGCUUGAGGAUAGAUGUGAAGUGGCAAUGUAGAGGAACUGAAGAGAAUUUAGAGGGAAAACAGAGCUGAGUGGAGGAUACCUAGAAUCUGACCUAGUGAGGGCACCUGAACCAGGCACCUGAGGCAUUUCAGUUACUAUCUACGUUUGACUAGGAAUGUGGGUCCUCCUCCGAAGUGGGUACCCGCUCCGUAUCCUGCUGCCCCUGCGUGGGGCGUGGAUGGGUCGGAGGGGCCUGCCCCGAAGCUUGGCCCCAGGCCCUCCUCGAAGACGGUACAGGAAGGAGGCUCUCCCUGCCUUGGAGGUACCAGUGUUGCCUGUAACUGCAGCUGAAAUCCGCCAAUAUUUGCGGGCACGUGGAAUCCCCUUCCAGGAUGGGCACAGCUGUCUGCGGGCACCGAGCCCCUUUGUGGGGGCCUCAAAACUCAAGGACCAGAGUGGUGCUGCCACUUCCUUCAGCCUCUUCAUUGACAAGACCACAGGCCGCUUUCUCUGCAUGACCAGCCUAGCAGAGGGGAGCUGGGAAGACUUCCAGGCCAGCGUGGAGGGGCGAGGGGAUGGGGCCAGAGAAGGAGUCCUGCUUGGUGAGGCCUCAGACGCUGAGGACACUGAGGAGGUCCGGAGGAUCUGGGACCGAGCCAUACCUCUCUGGGAGCUGCCUGAACCGGAGGAGGCCCAGCUGGUUCGUGUGAUGUUUGGCCUCACCAAAGUGACAGACGACACACUCAAGCGUUUCAGUGUGCGCUAUCUGCGGGCUGCUCGCAGCCUCAUCUUCCCUUGGUUCUCCCCUGGAGGUUUGGGAUUACGAGGCCUGAAGCUUCUGGGGGCUGAAGGCCAGGGUGAUGGAGUGCAUUAUGUGGAGACCACCAUUCCCCGGCCUGGUGCCUACCACAACCUGUUUGGGUUACCACUGAUCAGUCGUCGAGAUGUUGAGUUGGUACUGACGAGUCGUGAGCUGGACAGCCUGGCCUUGAACCAGUCCACAGGGUUGCCCACCCUUGCCCUGCCCCGAGGAACAGCCUGCUUACCCCCUGCCUUGCUUCCUUACCUGGAACAGUUCCGACGCGUUGUUCUCUGGCUGGGGGAUGAUCUUCGGUCCUGGGAAGCUGCCAAGUUGUUUGCCCGAAAACUGAACCCCAAGCGAUGCUCCUUGGUGCGGCCUGGGGACCAGCAGCCUUCUCCCCUGGAGGCUCUGAACCAAGGCUUAAAUCUUUCUCGUAUUCUGCGUACUGCUCUGCCUGCCUGGCACAAGUCUAUUGUGUCUUUUCGGCAGCUUCGGGAGGAGGUGCUAGGAGAACUGUCAAAUGUCGAGCAGGCAGCUGGAGUUCGCUGGAGCCGCUUCCCAGAUCUCAAUCGUCUCUUGAAGGGACAUCGGAAGGGAGAGCUGACGGUCUUCACAGGGCCAACAGGCAGUGGAAAGACAACCUUCAUCAGUGAGUAUGCCCUGGAUUUGUGUACCCAGGGGGUGAACACACUAUGGGGUAGCUUUGAGAUCAGCAACGUGAGACUGGCCCGGGUCAUGCUGACACAGUUCGCUGUGGGACGGCUGGAAGAGCAACUGGACAAAUACGAUGAGUGGGCUGAUCGAUUUGAGGACCUGCCCCUCUAUUUCAUGACCUUCCAUGGGCAACAGAGCAUCAGAACUGUAAUAGACACAAUGCAACACGCCGUCUACGUUUAUGAUAUCUGCCAUGUGGUCAUCGACAACCUGCAGUUCAUGAUGGGUCAUGAGCAGCUGUCCACAGACAGGAUUGCAGCUCAAGACUAUAUUGUCGGGGCCUUUCGGAAGUUUGCAACAGACAGUAGCUGCCAUGUGACGCUGGUCAUUCACCCCCGGAAGGAGGAUGAUGAUAAGGAGCUACAGACAGCAUCCAUUUUUGGCUCAGCCAAAGCAAGCCAGGAAGCAGAUAACGUUCUGAUCCUGCAAGACAGAAAGCUGGUAACUGGACCAGGGAAACGGUAUCUGCAGGUAUCCAAGAACCGCUUUGAUGGAGAUGUAGGCGUUUUCCCACUUGAAUUCAACAAAAGCUCUCUUACCUUCUCCAUACCACCAAAGAGCAAGGCCCGGCUCAAGAAGAUCAAGGAUGACAAUGGUUUAGCAGCAAAAAAGCCCUCUUCUGGCAAAAAGGGGGCUACGCCCCAGAUCUCUGAGACUUGCUCAGACCAGGCUCCCAAACCCUACCAGCCAGACCUCACCAAGCCAUCAAGGUGAAGGCAUUGCAGAACUGGACACUGAAAUAAGUCUGGCAGGACAGGCUUGAGUAGAGACUCUUUCUUGGUCCUCUGCUAGGGCUGCCUCUGCCCUAGAGUCAGAGCUAUAGGCCCUUCUCAGUCUGAGGGGUAUAGCCUCGGGCAAGGUUCCAUGGCAAGAGAAUUCAGUUUAGCAAAUUUUGAGAACCUACUCUGUGCUGGGCUUUAUUCUAGGUCCUGGGACUAUAGCACUGAUAAGACAUAGGAGGUCCCUGCUUCUGUGGGACCUGUAGUGUGGUAGAAGAGACAAGACAAGCAGUGAACAAAUAUAUCUGAAACAUAGUCUUAGUGAAAAAUGUUUUAAAGGAAAAAAAUACAGUAAUGUGAUAGUGCUUAUAGGCUGGUUUAGAUUAAGAUCUAAAAUCUCUCUGAGCAUAGGAUGUUGUAGCUGGGGACUAUGAAGAACUAGGGUUGAGCCAUAUGAACAUCUGGAGAAAGGAAUCCCAACAGAGGGAAAAGCAAAUACAAAGACCCUAAAGUGGGAAUGAGCUAGUUGAGUUCAAAGCAGUGGGGUCAGGGAGUCCCCAUUGUGACUCAGUGGGUUAAGAACCUGAUGUAGGAGUUCCUGUUAUGGCACAGUGGUUAAUGAACCUGACUGUUAUCCAUGAGAAUGCAGGUUUAAUCCCUGGCCUUGCUCAGUGGGUUAAGGAUCUGGCAUUACUGUGGCUGUGGUGUAGGAGGGCAGCUGCAGCUCCAGUUGGACCCCUAGCUUGGGAAACUCCAUAUGCUAUGGGUGCAGCCCUAAAGAGACCAAAAAAAAAAAAAAAAAAACUAACACAGUGUCUGUGAGGAUGCGGGUUCAAUCCCUGACCUCACUGGAGUGGGUUAAGGAUCUGGCAUUGCCAUGGCUGUGGCUGUGGCAUAGGCCACCAGCUGUAGCUCAGAUUUAACCUCAGGAACUUCCAUAAGCAACCUAAAAAGAAAAAGAAAAAAAAAACAAAAACAGUGGGGUCAGCCCCCUGAACUUGCAGGGGAAUAGUGGACUUCUGCAAAAAGCCUCUAGCCCGGGCUUGUAGAGGCAAAGGGCUGCAUGGUGGGUACCAGACUGGAGCCUACCACGAGGUGGUGCUUACUGCCACUGGAUCUAGGUGCUUGGCGAUUAUGCUACCAGGGCCACAAAGAGGGAAGUCUUGGCUAGAGAGCCAUGGAAGGAAGCUGUGAGCCCAGAGUGCCUGCCACCCUGAUGCUCAGUCUAUGGUAUCUGCCUCAGAUUGCUGGAGUGGAUGCAAUCAUGACUUUUUGUAGAGCCUUUUCCAGUUUUAUUGAAAAAAAAAAUUUUUUUUGCCUUU